CCCCUUGGAUACCAUUGUGAUUUGUGUCUUUGUUAUAUUCCUCCCUCUCCCAGUCUCCCUCUCCCUCUCUAUUCUCUAUCAGGCUAUGAAAAGCUAUUUAAUUCUUCUACUUAUUCUUUUCAUAAAGAGUUCCGCUCCUGCAGCACCAGAGAGCGGGAUAGUCCGGCUAGAAGAACCGAAGGCGUGGAAGAAGUUCAUAAAGACACGUACAAAUGUUCUCGUGUUGUUUGCAUCUUCUGGCGAGGUGUCAGUACCCCGUGGCCUCCUUCCCAUACUUGAAGAAAUAGCUCAAGAAGUGAAAGGACUCGGUGCAGUUGCAUACGUGGACUGUAGCUCAGCAAAGAAACUCUGCAAGAAUCUUAAGAUAGGAGGCAAGGGAGAGCAAAAGAAAUACUAUCUGAAACAUUUUAAAGAUGGCUCAUAUCACAAGGACUACGAUCGUCUCCUUCGUAAAUCCUCUCUACUUGAUUUCAUGAAAGACCCAACCAGCGACGCCCCAUGGUCCGAGGACCCCACUUCUAAAGACGUACGUCACAUUGAGAGCAGUACAGGCCUCUACAAGUUUCUCGCUAAAGAGAAGAAACCGAUACUUCUUAUGUUUUAUGCUCCCUGGUGCGGGCACUGUCAGCUUUUGAAACCAGAGUUUGCUGCUGCUGCAACGAGCCUUAAAGGGAAGCAAGUCCUAGCCGGAAUGAAUCUUGAUAAACCAGAAACCAUGCUGACACGAGAGGAGUAUAAUGUCACUGGAUUCCCAACUCUCCUUUAUUUUGAAGAGGGGAAAGUUAAAUACCCAUACUCUGGUGGGAGGGACACUGAUUCUAUCAUCAAAUGGCUCUCUGAUCCUCAGCCUCCUCCCAGUACUCAGGAGGUAGAGCAAGAGGCCGGAGCAAACUGGUCCACCGAAUUAAACAACGUCGUUCACCUUACCAGUGAGAAUUUCCAAUCAGUCAUUGACUCUAGCCCCUCAACACUGGUGACGUUUUAUGCUCCGUGGUGUGGCCACUGUAAAGCAAUGAAGCCGGACUACAAUGAAGCUGCUAAGUUGUUAGAAAGUGAAAAUAUCCUCGGAACACUAGCAGCCGUAGAUGCAACAGCAGAAAGAGAGCUGGCGUCACACUAUCAAGUGAGUGGAUUCCCAACUAUAAAAUACUUUUCAAACGGUAAGGAACUAUAUGACUACGGCUACCCAAGGACAACAGAGUCUUUUGUGGAGUUCAUGAAAAACCCACAACCACCGCCUGAGAAGGAGAAAGACUGGUCGGAGAUAGAGACUGGCGUCCAUCAUUUAACUGAUGAGACAUACAAGCCAUUCAUCAAGAAAACCAAACACGCUCUGGUAAUGUUUUAUGCACCGUGGUGUGGUCAUUGUAAGGCUGCUAAACCAGAGUUCAUUGAUGCUGCGGCCAGUUUAAAGGAGGACAAAAAGACUUCACUUGCUGCAGUCGAUUGCACUAAAUAUGCUCAAAUUUGUGAUCAAAAUGAUGUUCAAGGAUAUCCCACUAUACUGUACAUGUCUUAUGGUAAGAAGUCAUUCAAAUACAUGGGGCCCAGAGAUAGCAAUGGGUUUGUCGAGUUCCUCAGGAACCCUAACAAAUAUGUAUCUAUAGUCAAAGAUGAGUUUUAAAUAAGCUCCCAGCUGGAGCUGAAGGAAAUAUCCAAAUAUCAAGCAAGAGGGACACAUUGUUAUUAGUAAAAUGUUAAUACUAUUAUUAGUUUUUCAAUAGCUAUUAUAAUUAAUUUAUUAUCAUUGUUAAUAAUUAAACAAUCAUUGAUGAUAGUCUGCA